CUCGACCUCGCCUUUUUUUUUUUUUUUGAAUUUCAUGGUUUCAUAAUAAAAAAUAUUUUAAAUGUGGAAUGAUUUUUUUGUUUAUCAUUACCAAAUUGUGCUUUUCAAAUAUCCUCCUCAGCACAACAUGUCACCGUUGCGUUGAACUGUCAUUUCUCAAGAGCGCGAAUCAUUCAUCCCGAUAAAUGGUAUUCCAGUUUAGUAAAUACACGACAAACCCCAAUUUUCCCCCAGAUAUUACUCCCAUCACCGCGCAGUUGAGCGAUCGAAACUGCACGAAUUUAACAAUGGCCCAUCAUGCAGAAGGAAUAAAAUCGAGCAGCCUCCUUCUUGCAACGUCUGGUGUGGAUGCUCCCAUAUCAUCAGGUUGGCGCCUUUUUGUACUAGUUUUUUGUAGCCGGUUGAGACACAAGCACGUUGUAGACUGCAUUGCAAUUAAAAUGAAAACAGAGGAAGGAAUAGCGAGUCGAUUGAAGAAAGUGGGCAGGCCCAGAAAAUCGACACUCUCUUUAAGCAUCGAUUAUGAGCCGGAAGAAAAGAGCGAUAGAAAAAUUAGGCGCUUUCAUAAGAAUGUCUUAACGAAAGAGACGAUUUUAAAAUUCAUCGCCGUUAUGGAGCGCACUCCCUGUCUGUGGAAUCCGAAUGAUCCGGCAUACAAAAAGAAGCAAGAGCGCAAGUCUGAAGCAUGGCGCGAAGUGUCGAAGAUGGUUGGAGUAUCCGCUGCUAAGCUGCGGAGCAAGUGGGCAGCCCUAAAAUCCACAUACCGUGCCCACCGCACUAAGUUUGACAAGCAAAUACCAUUCGCAUGGUACGCGUACGAUGCGAUGAGCUUCCUCGAAGGGUUACUGGAUAAGAAGCCAUCGCCUGCUUUUGUUGCUGUGGAUCCAAAAUUGCAGGAUCAUGCAUCUGAAUUGAACGAUGAAACGAAAUCCGAGGUAGUGCAUUGCGAAGAGGACGACUACGGCAGCAAAUACAUCAUCGAAGAGAUAGUAGACCAGGCUGCAGUACAACCAGAACCACAGGACAAAGGGAUGCAUAUAGAAAGUAUAACAACGUCCAGCAGUACCAGCAGCAGCAGCACCAGCGGUAGUAGUAGCAGUAGUAGCAGCACAACAACAUCAACGCCAUUCAUCGUUCAAGCUGUUCAGGGGCAGGUGGAUCGGUUGUGCUGGCCGCAGCCGGACCGGUGUAAGCUCUUCAGUCAGUGCGUCGGUAUGCGGAUGGUAAACUUCUCGCUGCAGCAGCAAAGCUUCGCCGAAAAGAUGAUCAACGAUAUACUGUUCGAGGGCGAGCAGGGCCGUCUUACGGCGGAGCACGUGUACAGUGUGGAGCUGGAGAUGCAACGGUUGCGCAGUGCGAUGUGGUUUCAAAGUGCGUGAAUGACGGGGCCGCUGUAUGCUUCAAGGCAUAAAAUCGUACCAUUAGAACUAAUCAUCAGGAAGAUGUGCUUUGCCAUAUGUGAAUGAACUCUGCCAAAGGAACUUAAUGUACAAGAAAAAAAAGGAUUUCUGUAUAUUGCUUAUUUAUUUUUAAAGAUACUGUAGGACAUCUUCCAGUCUAUUCCAGUUAGGUGAAACCGACAAUUUUUUAAUUCGUCUAAUGAUUUAUUUACCGUUUUCCCACAUUUUUGAAUAGCUCAUCACGAUCACAACAACAGAACUUUCAGAACAGAAAAGUAAUUGAAAAGGUAAAUUUAUGUUGGAUCACAGCACAUGUGGGAAAGGGCGAAAAGCAAAAAUAAAAAAAUAUUGAAAAAAAAACAUCCUGUAAAAAGAGAUCACAAUAACAACAACAACAACAAGAGGUAAAGUAACAAAAACAAAGAUAGACCUUUCCACAUUUUGGUCGAAAAAAUAAAAUUAAACUAACAAAAUCAGAAGGAAUGCACGAAAACAGAUAACAAAUGCAGAAACACGAAUUUUGCAUGCAUGAAUUAUGAAUGAAAUAGAAGUAUUACAAAUUUCUUACAAAAAUUGCAAAGAAAAAUGAAAAUGGAAGAAACAAAACAAAACAAAACAAAACAAAACAAAACAAAACAAAACAAAACAAAAC